UUUGUUCUCUGUAAAUUGUCACUGGAACAGGAACGGCGCAGCAUUCUCUUCAGCUCGGAACGAGAGGUAGAGAAAGAGAGGGAGAAGAUGGAGAAGGUGGUUUGCGUAACAGGGGGCUCAGGCUACGUGGCGUCGUGGGUGGUGAAGCUCCUUCUGGAGAGGGGCUACACCGUCAGAGCUACUGUGCGAGACCCAGAUGACCCAAAGAAGGUGGAGCACUUGCUUGCUCUUGAAGGAGCCAGUGAAAGGCUUCAUUUGUUCAAAGCUGACCUACAUGAAGAGGGAGCCUUUGAUGCCGCCGUCAAUGGAUGUGAAGGUGUUUUCCACAUAGCAACUCCUUGCCCUACUUGUGAAGAAGUCACGCAGAUGGUCGAAAUUGCUGAUACUGCAGUUAAAGGCACACUAAACGUUCUCAGGUCAUGUGCCAAGGCUUCUUCUAUUAGAAGAGUAGUUGUGACUUCAUCUACAGUUGCUCUUACCUUCAGUUCGCGGGACUUUAAUCCAGACGUGGUAGUUGACGAAACUUGGUUCUCAGAUGCAGAUUUCUGUAGGGAAGGAAAGUUAUGGUACCAUCUUGGAAAGACCUUGGCUGAUAAGGAGGUUUUGAAGUUUGCAGAAGAGAACAAAAUGGACAUAGUCUCGAUGUAUCCUGGAGUAGUCAUUGGUCCUAUUUUGCAGCCGAAUCUGAAUGCAAGUUCUGCUCUAAUCUUGAACUUUGUAAAGGGUAGUCCAACAUAUGCAAAUUUAUCUUUUGGUUUUGUUAACGUCAAGGACGUUAGUGUGGCUCAUAUUUUAGCAUUUGAGGAUGCCUCACCUAGUCGAAGAUACUGUUUGGUUGAGAGGGUUCACCAUUACUCAGAAAUAGUGGAAAUUCUGCGUGGGCUAUUACCAUACUACAAGUUUCCUGCAAAGUGUGCAGAUGACAAACCUUUUCGUCCUACAUACCAAGUGUCUAAGGAGAAGGCUCAAAAAUUGGGGAUCGACUUUAUUCCUUUAGAAGUGAGCCUCAGAGAGACUAUUGAUAGCCUGAAAGAGAAAAAGUUUCUCCAUCUUUACUACCCUGACCAAGUAAAGUUGAGGGUCCAAAGUCAGACCCGACUACUUGAACACACCGUGAAAAAGACGCAGCACUUGCAUGCACUUCAAGGGGCGAGUGAAAGGCUUCAUUUAUACGAAGCCAACAUACUGGAUGAGGGAGCCUUUGAUGAAAUUGUCAGUGGCUGCAAUGGUGUUUUUCAUACAGCAUCACCUGUCCGUUAUGUUGUACAAGACCCACAGGCUGAAUUAAUUGAUCCAGCAGUUAAAGGCACAUUAAAUGUUCUUCGGUCAUGUGCUAAAACUCCUUCCAUUAAAAGGGUGGUUGUGACAUCAUCUAUGGCUGCUGCUACUUUUAGCCAACUGGCACGUACUCCUGAUGUGGUAGUUGAUGAGACUUGGUUUUCAGAUUCAGAUUUCUGUAGGGAGUCAAAGUUAUGGUAUGCACUUUCAAAAACAUUGGCUGAGGAGCAAGCUUGGAAAUUUGCAGAAGAGGCUAAAAUGGACAUAGUCACAAUCAAUCCUGCAAUGGUCCUUGGUCCCCUUUUGCAGCCAACACUGAACUCAAGUGUUUCUCUCAUUUUGGAUCUCAUAAAUGGUAGUUCAACAUAUCCCAAUGCAACUUUUGGAUAUGUCAAUGUCAAAGAUGUUGCUCAGGCUCACGUUCUAGCAUUUGAGGAUGCCUCGGCUAAUGGAAGAUACUGUUUGGUUGAGAGAGUGGCCCAUUACUCUGACGUUGUGAAAAUUCUCCAUGAACUGUACCCUGACUACAAGCUUCCAGCAAAGUGUGCAGAUGAAAAACCUCUUGCUCCAACAUACCAAGUAUCUAAAAUUAAGGCUCAAAAGUUAGGGCUCAGCUUUAUUCCCUUAGUUGUUAGCUUGAGAGAGACUGUUGAAAGCCUGAAGGAGAAACACUUAUUUUGACUUUUAGUAUGGCAGUUUCCUAAUUGGAAUGCUUGAAUUGAAGCCCUACAUCUUGGAGCAGGACAAUAGUGGACUUAUAAAUGUAUUGUCUGUAUUUUUCUUGCCUAAGAAUCCUGUUCCACAUGUCAAGAAAAUCAACGUGACUUGAUUUGAUUGCUUGGUUUUGGGCACAAGGAUCACUGUGUUUCCUUAUCAUCUUGAAAAAGAAAAACCACAUGACA